AUGGCUAGCAAACCAGAAUCGGCUCCAUCUCCUGCGCAGGGUGUUGGUCCUAUGUACCGCCCUGAUGGUGAAAAGCCUACUGCAACUGUCUCAAAGGAUGUCUCCUAUGAGAAUGUCCACGUGCUACCUCAAACUCCCCAGUUGAUUGCUUUGUUAACGAUGAUCCGUGACAAGAGAACAGCUCGCGCCGAUUUCAUCUUUUACUCCAAUCGCAUCAUUCGAUUACUAGUGGAAGAGGGACUCAACCACCUUCCCGUUGUUGAGCAGUCUGUCACCACCCCCGUUGGAAGAGCUUACCUUGGUGUCAAGUUCGAAGGAAAGAUCUGUGGAGUGUCCAUCAUGAGGGCAGGUGAGGCUAUGGAACAAGGACUACGGGACUGCUGCCGGUCUGUUCGUAUCGGAAAGAUUCUUAUUCAGCGUGACGAGGAAACAUGCAUGCCUAAGCUCUUCUACGAUAAGCUGCCUGCUGACAUUGCUGAGCGAUGGGUCCUUCUCCUAGACCCAAUGUUUGCAACUGGCGGUUCUGCCACUCUUGCCGUGGAGACACUGAAGGAAAGAGGAGUUCCAGAGCACCGGAUUCUCUUUCUGAAUCUGAUUGCCAGCCCAUCUGGCGUUGCUGAGUUUGCAGAAAGGUUCCCCAAGCUUCGGGUCGUCACCGCUUUUGUCGAUCAAGGGCUGGAUGAGAAAAAGUACAUCAUCCCUGGAUUAGGUGAUUUUGGCGACAGAUAUUAUACGCUGUAA